AUGGAAGUUAAGCUGAAUAUAUUUUUAAUGGCGAUGGCAGUAAUUUUGUGUUAUUCCGCAGGAGGUAACAGAUACCCGUAUCUAUGUAACUUGUUUGAUAUGGAGGAUUACUAUAAACAAUCUAAUGUCUCUAAUCCAUUAGAUAGGCAGAUUCUUAUAGGAAUAAUGGAUGUAACAGAAUGCUGGAUAAACAUGGCAGAAUUGUACACCGGUUUUAUCCUGACGCCAAAAGUGAAAAAAUUACAGACAAUAAAGGAGAGAGUGAUGAUUUCUCUCACAUUUAGUUGUCACUCUUCAAUUACAGUUCAUUUCAAUAACUUCAGCAUCACGGAUAAUUAUAAAAAAGUUGACCUUGAUUUAGAACUGGGAUUUUCAAAAUGUUCCAUAAUAAUAAACGAAGUGAACAUUUUUCUCAAAAUUGGAACAAUUCUUAUGCUGCGCAAUAUCAAAAAUGUUAUCAAAACAGAGUCGGAAACAAACUGCUUAUUUGCCGUCAACUUGCAAGCAAUUCAUCUUGAAGCAAAUUGUGACCAGAAUUACGAACUGAAUUGUUUAUUCUGGGAAUCGUGCAUGCAGAUUUUUCCAAAUAUGGCCGUGCUUACUAUCAUUGGAUGUGAAUACAACUAUUAUCAAAUAAAUACAAGCUCUUUACGAGAGAAGUUUCCAAAUCUGGACAGUCUCGUCUUAAACUUUGCAAGAGUUGACCACCCAUUAAUCUUUCCUUGGAUGAAAUCACAAAUUAUACACAACGAAAACAUAGACAACAUUUUGAAAGCCUAUUUUGACUUAUAUAAAGACAUAUAUUUUUACAGUAUGUUUCCGAAAAAUUCGAUUUUAUUCAUUCACUGCCAAGUGAAAUUUAAAUCAUUGGUUUUAAAAGGAGAAGUGGACAUGUUAGCAUUAACAGAGAUGGGCCUGAGCUACUUAGAACCCAGCUUAUUACUCAAUGUAACCUUGACACAGACUCUCAACCUGGCUAAAAAUAAAUUAGAAACAAUUCAUGAAGACUUGCUCAAAAAUCAAGAUAAGUUGCUACGUAUUUAUCUUCAGGACAACAAACUUACAAAAAUCUCAAACAAAAUGUUUGCAGGUCUGAAAAAACUGAGAUAUAUAAAUUUAGGCAACAAUAAUAUUAGAGUUAUAGAAGAUGAUCCUUUCAAAUCACUUUAUCAUCUAAAGGACAUACUUCUACAGAAUAAUUCUAUAGCACAAUUUCCGAGGGACAUGUUUCGAGAUCAGACUGGUUCUUUGGAAUUUCUGGAAAUUAAUUCAAACCCCAGAAUUACUGAUAUCCCACUCUGGCCUAUUUACUCAACGUAUUUAUACGAUAUGGACAUAAGGGAUGCAAAUAUCACCGGGGACAGCAUUGUAAGGCUGCUCAAUCAUUUGAAUAAACUGGAUGUUAAUGAAAAACUAGUUGAUGGCGGAAUGGACCCACCAUUUUUGCCAUUAGGUAACACAGGAUCAAUUGACCUUAGUUUCAACAAAAUCAAAACCAUUCCAUCUGACAAUAUGACUGGUUCCAUGAUGUUAAAACUCAAAUACUUAUUCAUAAAUUAUAAUAUUGGUGUUGACGGGAAUCCAUUCACAUGUAACUGUGACACCUCAGUGAUUCAAGAAGUAGUCAGUGAUAAAAAUGAAGUAGUAUCUAUGGAAGACGAAUUGGCAAGCUGGUUAUGUGUAAAUCCUCCCGAAUUCCGUGGUCGGCCUAUGUGGACAAUUGCCGAAACUGAGAAAUACUGCCCUAUAAAUGCCAAACAUUGUCCAAAUUUAUGCUCAUGCUUUAAAAGGAGUGGUCAAGAAACAAUUAUUGUAGACUGUCAUGAUGUUGUACUGAAACAUAUGCCAAAGCAGUUGCCAAAUUUUCAACUUGAACUGUGGUUUCAGAAUUCAAGCAUUUCCGAAAUAGGUCCAUUACCUUACUUAGAAAAUGUGACUGUAUUGAAUUUGGCUGAAAACAAAUUGGGAAAUAUUGAACCAAUGGUUAUCAACCAACUGAGGUUUCUUAAAGUGUUGCAUCUCCACUCAAAUCAUCUCACGUCCAUUCCAUUUCAAGUGACAUCACUGAAACUGUCGAAACUGACGCUUUCCGACAACCCAUUCAUUUGUGACUGCACAACUGGCUGGAUGAAACAGUGGCUUCUAGAUGAUGAAAAACUUGUGCCAGACUGGACAUACAUAAAAUGCCUCAAUAACUAUGACAAUUUACAGCAACUUAUUGCUGUUCCAGAUUCUGAAUUUGUCUGCAAGGAAGACAACUCUUUCAGUGUUACAGAACAUGUAUUUCUUCCAGCCAUGGUAAUCGGAUCCAUUUUAUUUGUGCUGGUGGUACUGACUUUAAUAAUUUAUUUUCAAAGAUUUAAUCUUAAGGUUCUAUUGUUUAUUCAUUUUAAUCUUCAUCCAUUUGACAAACAGUCUGACAGAAAGAAAGAUUAUGUCUAUGAUGCUGUUACAGUUUGCAGUCACGGUGACAUUGAACAAACGGUCAAAAUUGUAAAUCAUCUCAUUGAAAAAGGGUAUAAAAUAGCUGACAUGUACAGAAAUUCUUAUAUCGGGUACACCUACAUAGAGAAUGUUGAAAAGUUAAUAAACUGCUCAAAUAAAGUGAUUCUCGUACUGACCCAGUCUGCUAUAAAUGAUAAAAUUAUCCAAGCUGCCUGGAAUAUCGCUUACGACAAAGCAAUGACUACAUCAAUGACCAGCUUAAUACUAGUGACAGACAGAGUAAUAAAGAAGCAACAAAAAGAUGUAGACAUCAAUUUACUGCAAUUUCUGAAAAGCAACAGCUCUUUAGACAGAGAAUCAAAGUUCCUGAAAGAAAAAAUUGAAUAUUUGAUGCCAAAAAUUAAAUUUGCAGAAAACCGCGAUAUAGAAAUGGAGCAACGUGGAAAUGACCUGAGAGUUGAAAGUAACGCCCAUGAGGAUACUGGUAAUCGAAUUCCAAUUUCAUAUCCAGACGAAUAUCAUUUUUAUGUGAAAAAUGAAAUAAUUCCUUUUUUGGCAGCAAAUAAUAUAUGUGCUAAAAUUUUAGACAUGGAGUUUACACCGGGAGCUGAUAUACGAGAUGAGCUUCCAAUGAUUUUCGAUACUUCUCGUCACAUGAUGUUUAUUUUCUCCGAGGAGUCCCUUGCCGACGAGGUUAGAAUUUACAUUUUAUCUCAAGCAUUAACAAAGACUCAACUUGAAGAUCACAAUUUUCUGCUUCUGUGUACUUCUGGUAAAAUUUGUUUGGAACACAUGACAAAUGACUUAUCUAAGUAUGUCGAAAAUUACGUGACAAUUAGUGUCAAUGACCCUAAAUUUAAGGAGCGUAUUUUAGAGUCUAUUACACACAACAGUGAAGUAAAAAGAAAUGAACAAAAUUAUCUGGAAAAUGAUCCACUCCUGCCAUAUCAUAGGUAG